UGUCUUCUCCCUUGCAACUCUCUCAAUUACCCUUCAUUUUCUAAGGCCACCCAUUUCUCUGUUCUUCACAUUUCAUUGCUCCUUUCUUCUUUCUUGUGUUUUCCUUGAUGGGCUUUCACUUUUAGGCUUUUUGAACACCCAAAUGAACGCUUUGGAUCAUUCUACUUCAGUUGCUGGAGAAGAAGAAGAACUCGUUGCUUUUCUUUAGAUACCAUUCUUCAUCCACCGGGAAGAAAGGAAACUGAAAUCACAUGCACUAAGCCUUCUCGGGUUUGAAGGAAAAACAACCGCCAUCGAUCUCCAAUUUCUUUGGGGGGUUUUUGCUUGUCGGUUCGUAAUCUUAUUGUCUAAAGGGGUUGGUUGUAUCAGCUGUUUCAACAUCAUGUCAAACAAAUUGAAAGGGAUCUACAAAAGUUUCAAGUACAUUUCCCAAAUCUUUGUGGUGAAAGAACGAGAGAUGGAGAUUGGGUAUCCUACGGAUGUGAAGCAUGUGGCACAUAUUGGAUGGGAUGGCCAUUCUGGAACAGCGCCCAGUUGGAUGAAUGAAUUCAAAACAGCACCAGAGCAUUUAUCAGCUGCGUCGUUUGGGGAUAUUAGUGAUAGAAUAGAUUCCAGUUCUUCUGCUGUUACAGCUCCUACAACAUGGUCUUCUCUUGAUUUUGAUCAAGCAAUGCUACGCCAACAAUCAUCAGACUUGUUUGGUGAACUUCCACGCACAGAAAUUCCCAACAUUCCCACAAAACCAAAGAAAAAGACCAGAAACUUCUCUCCAAAAUCUUCUUCAAAAUCAUCACGAGCAUCAAAGACAAAGCCAUCAUCCUUCGGCGAGAUCAAGAUGGUACCCAAUUUGCAAGUAUAGAACUACCAUUAUAACUCUCAUACUUGUGCAAAUGAAUAGAUAAACAAGUCUAGUCUGCCUUUUUUAUCAUAUCAGGAAUGGCGUGCUUUUUUCGACUCCAUUGUAUAUCUGACGAACAAUGAAAAGUAGUAAUUUUCGGGUCCUUUUCGCUCCGGAAAGGGAAUCUAGUUAGGCAUUAGAAGAUGUGUAAAAGAAUUGAUGUUGAUGCAAUGUCUAAGAUGGGUCAAAAGAGAGCAUUUUGUUUUGAUUUUCAAGAAGAAAAGGCCAUGCUUGAUAUGGAAGUGUGCUGCUACUUUGAACAAAUGUGUUGUUGUGAGUUCAUUUUCUUUGAUGGGUCUGGAAAAUUUAUUAGUGAAUGCACCCAUGUUUGGUUCUUUG